AUGAUUGCGUGGAAUGAGAUUUUCAGGAUUUUGUUAUGGAGGUUUGAUAUUCUUUGGAGGAGGUGGAAGAAGGGAUGUCUCACUUCUGUGUCGUAUUCGGUGUACGUGAACGGUAAGCCGAGGGGUAAAUUUGGAGCUUCUCAUGGGUUUCGGCAAGGUGAUCCUUUAUCCUCAUUUUUGUUUACUCUUGUGACGGAUGUGUUGGGUAGUUUGGUAGACAAAGCUAAGACUUUGUCGUUAUUCAGAGGUUUUUCGGUGGGGAAUGAUAAGAUUAGCUUGCAGAAGUGUCAAUUGCUUGGUCUUAAUGUGGAGGAGGAGGUUGUGAACUCUCGCGCCUCGGUGAUUGGUUGUGAGGUAGGAAAGUGGCCUAUGAAAUAUUUAGGUCUUUUGUUGGGAGAUAAUUUGCGGAUUAAACCUUUUGGGUGCCAGUUUUGGCUAAGUGUGCUAAAAGAGCUCCUAAAAGUGUUUUUGAAGGUUUUGGAGAGGAUGAUUCAUGAUUUCUUAUUGGAAGGAGUUGAUCUUUCGGGUUCCGAGCAUAUGAUAGCCUGGGAUGUUGUUUGUAAACCUUUAUUUCAUGGAGGUCUUGGGAUUGGAAAUUUAAAAGAGAGGAAUGAAGCUUUCCUUUUGAAGUGGUUGUGGAGAUUCUCAUUGGAGUGUAAUUCUUUGUGGCACAAGGUGGUGUUGAGCCAUUAUGGGCGGGCUGAAAAUCUUUGGGAUACAAAAGUAGUGGAGAGAUUUUUUGUGAGGGGUCCGUGGAAGGAUAUUUCUUCCCUUUAUGGCGAGUAUUUGGGGUUGGUUCAUUUUAAAGUGGGACGAGGUGAUUCAGUGAAGUUUUGGGUGGAUUGA